GCGUCGCUACGGUUGUAGCGAGUGGGGAACGACCUGGCUCGGUUUAUUGAUGAAUUGUUUAGCGAAUACGAGAAAAUUAUUUGCUCAACGAUUCACGACUUUUUUCAAACUAUUUGACAAUUAUUUCUAACGGAUGAUUUCUACGCACACAUCCUUUUGCCGCACCCUUUUCCAACACAAAAGAACACGCGGCUGUUCGAAUACAACGUGUUUUACUCGGCAAACAAAUAACGCGGUGGUUUGAAACGCUGAAAUAUUUGAUUCGAGCAAACAUGAAAUGUCAUAAGAGACGAUCAUUCGCACCUCGAACGAUCAGUACUUCUUUCAUCUUCAACAGUUCGUCGCGGGCGGUAAUUUCCCGUGAAAAAUUUCAGUCCGAAAUUACCCGGUUCUCUUUCAUUGUUUCGACAGCUAUGCGGAUCCCGAUUUUUGUAUUAAACUUUUUAAUUUUAUUUAAAAGUUUUUCGUGCGACGAGAAAGAAACCAAUACUUCGGACCCCAUCGCCGUAAGUAAAGAUGAAGCGUCUCGGUGCGGUGGAACUUUUUCCGGUUUUCAGUAUUACGUAAAAAGUCCAAACUACCCGAAAAACUACCCUUUGAAUCAGACCUGUAUUUACACUCUGAAGGGUAGUAAGUUCGCCAAGUGUGACCAGGAAUUCCAUUUGCAAUUUCUCGAUUUUCAACUGGAAGCUUCGGACGCAUGUGCGAAAGACUUUGUCAAGGUCGGUGGCGGUGGUGUCUAUUGCGGCAACAGCAUCGGGAUAAGAAAAUUCAAGGGGGACGAUAAAAGUUUGAGGAUAAUUUUUCACUCGGACGGGAACACGACGGCCAGAGGAUUCUCGAUCCUGGUGACGACCCUUCCUUGCGCGGAUCCGUUGAAUUUGAAGGAGAACUCGACUUUGGAGAAAAUUUCCGAAGUGACGAAGGGAGCUAUUAGGACAAAGGAGAACGUUCAAAUUUCUUACCCUGCGUAUCGUCCUGACACGGAAUUCGAUGAGGAGGAAGUCAUGACCGAAGAUGGAAGGGGUGACCAACCUCCGUCGCGAAUUUCUCUGCUGGGAAAAGCUCCGAAAAAUCCUUCGGAGAAGUUAGAGCUACCGGUAUACCAGCGACAUGGGGAGUUCAACGAUUACGCCCUUGGCAAGGACGAAGGUGCGGCAAUUUCGCAGGGUUCGUGGUCCCCGAGGGUUACUUCUUACCUGUUUCUUCCUCCAACGUCUUUGUCGAGGCCUCUGAAGACGAACGGGGCGAAGACCGGUCUCAAUUCUUCCUCCUCGGGAUCUAUUCCCAACCAACUGGUGAUCAGACAUUUUGACGAGCCGAUUAUAAUCAAUCAUUCGCAGGAGAUUAUACCCGAUUCUCGUUUCGCCGUAAAUUCCGCUCCUCUACAGCCCGAUAGUUUGGUAAUUCCUUCUCGCGGAUAUCCUCAGAUUCUGGAAUAUACUCAGAACAAGCCUCCUCGGUUUUACGAUUCACCGGACAGGUGGCUGACCUACGGGACGCCGAAUAACAACGCGCCCGCAAAUCCGAACACUUACGACCCCUUCGCGAACGACGAUGACAAAAAUAAUCUGCCACCGAAUUGCGGUGGUAAAUCAGCUUCGAAUCCGAAUAACAACGGGAACUUUUACCCGGUAACGCCGAACCCUGCGCCGUUUUAUCCCGGACCAAAUAUCAACGAUUAUUACCCGAGUACGAAUUUCGGCAACGGAAACGGAAAUGGCAACGGAUAUCCGGACGUCGUCGGUAGUUAUGACCCGACGUUCGGAACCUCCGGCGGUAACAAUAAUCCUGUUAAUUUUCUACCAGAUUUUAACACUAAUUACCAUCCGAAUAAUAGUCCGAAUAAUCCAUUCUAUUCGCCCGGUGAUACGAUUUAUAACACUGGUUUAUUGUCCGAAUGCUGCGGCUCGAUAUACUCAGCUCAGAGUUUAACGCUGGCGAGUCCGGGGUUUCCGUCUUUGAUUUAUUCGUCGAGGAGUUACGACUGCCGUUACACGAUAAGAAAAUCGUCUGCGAACGUCUGUCGGCUACAGAUGUACCUGAAAUUCUUCAACUUCGGAACAGAAGAUCAGUUUUGCGCUUACGGUUACAUCGAAGUCGACGGACGUAGAUUCUGCGGAUGUAAAACGGGGAGAAAUAUCACCGUAUCGUUCGACGGUACGAGCGCGAAGAUAAUCACCGUCAAAUAUCUCGGCUAUCCCAGAGUGAAAUUUAGCGGAUUUUUGAUCGAAGUAACGCAGCAAUCUUGUUCGACCGGCACCUCGGGAUUCGGACAGGAAGAUUUCGGGUUCAGAAGCCUCUACAAAAGGAGCGAUGCGAUUGCUUCCGAAGAACCAGUUGCGACAGAUGAGACGGUAGAAACGAAGAGGGACAAAAGGGAUGCCGGAUAUUAUUACCCGAGGCCUUCUUCAGGGACGUCGGCGGCCAUAAUACACUCGCAGAAUUUCAUUUUCGGCACCUGCCAGGUAUUCAAAUUUCUCAACUGGGUGAAAGCGGCUAAGCAAGUUUACCUGAGAAGUGCACAGUGCUCGAAUAACGCGAUUUCAAGUUCCGCCUCGUCUGUCUCAUCGCCGGUAUCACUGAUCCCGAUUUUUCCCGAUAACGGGAACCUGGGCCUCGCGAAUUUCCCGUCGACAGCUAAUUGCCAGAUCGUCAACGUCGUCGAGGGCACCAUCUCUUCCCCCUCGUACCCCAACAAUUACGCCGGCAAUUUGAACCUGUGCUACAGAUUUUUAAAAGCGCCCGGCUACUGUCAACUGGAAAUCGCGAUCCUCGAUUUUGACCUCGAGACAAGCAUCUUCUGUAGGAAGGAUUACGUGGCGUUCAGUUGGCAAAAAAAACGUUACUGCGGUUCCUCUCUGAGAGGAGCUAGAACGAUAUUCGACAUAACGCAAUCUACGUUCGCCGAUCUCUAUUUCGUAACUGAUUCAGCUGGUUCCGGAACGGGAUUUCGAGCAGGAUUCUCACAAAUCUCUUGCUGAGAUCAAGCGGUGGAUUGAACCGCGAAAGCUGAAUGAGGGGGUGCCCGGAUCAAUGGAAGAUAUGCACCGCUCGUGAACCGACUGGGAUAUUACGAAAACUUUUCCCAAAAUCCCCGCAAAUGAAUAAACUAGGACGAAGAAACGUUGUGA